AUGGAUUCGCAGACUAAGGCUGAGCCGAUGCGCGUGCUCGUCACGGGCGGAUCCGGAUUGGUCGGGAAGGCCAUCGAGCACGUGGUGAAACAAGAAGGCGGCUGUCUCGAGGGCGAACAGUGGACCUUCCUCUGCUCCAAAGAAGCCAACCUCGUGUAAGUUAUGUCACAUUAACCUCAUAUUCUCAGCAGAGCUGGUCUAGGCUUGGUCGUUGCAGAUAAAAAUGUCCUAGUCUAUAUAGAGAUGCCAUGAUCCCAUAUUCUACAUGCCCGAGAAACACCAGCAUGGCUGUUCUACAUAACAUAUUUCUAUAGGAAAUGUAUGUCACGUUGCACUGUAUGAUACCCUGGUUUAAAUAUUUGUAAAUUCCUGAUAUGAUCCUUUUGCUUCUGGGGCUGGUUUUGUGGUUCCAACAGUAACGAAAUGGAUAAAAGAAGUCCAAAAAAUAAGUUCACUCCUGGAAAAAUUAUUAAAUGUUCUGCUAUUCAAUUAUUUUCUAUUCAAUUCUAUAGAUAUAUGGAUUGAUGGAUAGAUACAGUAUAUAGGUAGAGUUUCUACAGUGGGGAAAAAAAGUAUUUAGUCAGCCACCAAUUGUGCAAGUUCUCCCACUUAAAAAGAUGAGAGAGGCCUGUAAUUUUCAUCAUAGGUACACGUCAACUAUGACAGACAAAAUGAGAAAAAAACAUCCAGAAAAUCACAUUAUAGGAUUUUUUAUGAAUUUAUUUUCAAAUUAUGGUGGAAAAUAAGUAUUUGGUCAAUAACAAAAGUUUCUCAAUACUUUGUUAUAUACCCUUUGUUGGCAAUGACACAGGUCAAACGUUUUCUGUAAGUCUUCACAAGGUUUUCACACACUGUUGCUGGUAUUUUGGCCCAUUCCUCCAUGCAGAUCUCCUCUAGAGCAGUGAUGUUUUGGGGCUGUCGCUGGGCAACACAGACUUUCAACUCCCUCCAAAGAUUUUCUAUGGGGUUGUGUUUGGGAUCAUUGUCAUGCUGAAAGACCCAGCCACGUUUCAUCUUCAAUGCCCUUGCUGAUGGAAGGAGGUUUUCACUCAAAAUCUUAUGAUACAUGGCCCCAUUCAUUCUUUCCUUUACACGGAUCAGUCGUCCUGGUCCCUUUGCAGAAAAACAGCCCCAAAGCAUGAUGUUUCCACCCCCAUGCUUCACAGUAGGUAUGGUGUUCUUUGGAUGCAACUCAGCAUUCUUUGUCCUCCAAACACAACGAGUUGAGUUUUUACCAAAAAGUUAUAUUUUGGUUUCAUCUGACCAUAUGACAUUCUCCCAAUCCUCUUCUGGAUCAUCCAAAUGCACUCUAGCAAAUUUCGGACGGGCCUGGACAUGUACUGGCUUAAGCAGGGGGACACGUCUGGCACUGCAGGAUUUGAGUCCCUGGCGGCGUAUUGUGUUUGUCACGAUAGUCUUGACGAGAAGUAGACCAAUAUGCAGCGUGUUGCACGAACAUGGUGAUCUUUAUUAUCUUUAGAGAUAACCUAUACAAUACACAAAACAAUAAACGACUCGUGAAGUCCACGGUGAAAAAUACCGACAAGGAACAAAAACCCACAAACACAAAGUGAAACACAGACAGUUAAAUAUGGCUCCCAAUCAGAGACAACCAGCACACAGCUGACACUCGUUGCCUCUGAUUGGGAGUCACUCAGUCAAACAUAGAAAAUGACGAACUAGAAACACCCAACAUAGAAACAGAACACAUAGAAUGAACACACCCUGGCUCAACAUAUAGAGUCCCAGAGCCAGGGUGUGACAGUACCCCCCCCCUAAAGGCUCGGACUGCGACCACGCCUAAAUACGAGCAAAACAGGGGAGGGCUGGGUGGGCAUUCCUCCUCGGCGGCGGCUCCGGCUCCGGGCUUGCCCACCACCCUCCAACAAACCCCCCAUAGCGCCCCUGGUCCGGUCUGGCCCCGCUGGCUGGAGCUGGACUGGACGUAGCAGGAGCGGUAGGCUUCAGCUCCUUAGUGGAGCAGUUGAGCGGUACCUGAAUUGGCACCGAUGACCCAGGCACGGGUUGUGCCGGACUGACGACUCGCACCCCUGGCUUGGUGCGAGUGGCAGGAACGGGCCGGGCCGGGCUGGCGACGCGCACCGUAGACUUGGUGCGAGUGGCAGGAACAGGCCGGACCGGGCUGGCGACGCGCACCGUAGACUUGGUGCGUGGAGCAGGGACAGGCCGGGCCGGGCUGGCGACGCACCCCGUAGGCUUGGUGCGUGGAGCAGGGACAGGCCGGGCUGGGCUGGCGACGCACACCGUAGGCUCGGUGCGUGGAGCAGCAACAGGCCGGACUGGGCUGGCGACGCACACCGUAGGCCUGGUGCGUGGAGCAGGGACAGGCCGGGCCAGGCUGGCGACGCACCCCGUAGGCUUUGUGCGUGGAGCAGGGACAGGCCGGGCUGGGCUGGCGACGCACACCGUAGGCUUGGUGCGUGGAGCAGCAACUGGCCGGGCUGGGCUGGCGACGCACACCGUAGGCUUGGUGCGUGGAGCAGCAACUGGCCGGACUGGGCUGGCGACGCACACCGUAGGCUUGGUGCGUGGAGCAGGAACAGGCCGGGCUGGGCUGGCGACGCACACCGUAGGCUUGGUGCGUGGAGCAGGGACAGGCCGGACUGGGCUGGCGACGCACAUCGUAGGCUUGGUGCGUGGAGCAGGGACAGGCCGGGCUGGGCUGGCGACGCACACCGUAGGCUUGGUGCGUGGAGCAGGGACAGGCCGGACUGGGCUGGCGACGCACACCGUAGGCUUGGUGCGACGGGCAGGAACAUGCCGGGCUGGGCUGGCGGCGUGCACCUUACACUUAGUGCGGGAAGCAGGAACGGGCCGGACCGGACUGGUGACGCACACCACUUGCUUGGUGUGAGGAGCGGGACUGGGUUUCGUCAUAACCCCCCGCUCCCUCAGCUGCCUACCGAGUUCCUCUCGCCGUGCCUCAUUUCUCACCCUUUCCCUUAUCGCCUCCAAAUGCUCCAUCCUCUGCAACACUACCUCCUGCUCCCUCGUCGUCCCUGCCGUGUGCCCCCCCAAAAUUUUUUUGGGGGUUGCCUCUCGCCUGUCCGACGUUGACCCUGCUGACGCCGCUGCUCCUCUCUCCGUCGCCUCUCCACCGUCUCACUCCAUGGCCGGCGAUCCAUCCCGGCCAGGAUCUCCUCCCAGGUCCAGGACCCUUUCCCGUCUAAUAUCUCCUCCCAUGACCAGGCUGCCUGCUCCUGGACACGCUGCUUGGUCCUGGUAUGGUGGGUUUUUCUGUCACGAUCGUCUUGACGAGAAGUAGACCAAUACGCAGCGUGUUGCACGAACAUGGUGAUCUUUAUUAUCUUUAGAGAUAACCUAUACAAUACACAAAACAAUAAACGACUCGUGAAGUCCACGGUGAAAAAUACCAACAAGGAACAAAAACCCACAAACACAAAGUGAAACACAGACAGUUAAAUAUGGCUCCCAAUCAGAGACAACCAGCACACAGCUGACACUCGUUGCCUCUGAUUGGGAGUCACUCAGUCAAACAUAGAAAAUGACGAACUAGAAACACCCAACAUAGAAACAGAACACAUAGAAUGAACACACCCUGGCUCAACAUAUAGAGUCCCAGAGCCAGGGUGUGACAGUGUUACUGAUGGUAAGCUUUGUUACUUUGGUCCCAGCUCUCUGCAGGUCAUUCACUAGGUCCCCCCGUGUGGUUCUGGGAUUUUUGCUUACCAUUCUUGUGAUCAUUUUGACCCCACGGGGUGAGAUCUUGCGUGGAGCCCCAGAUCGAGGGAGAUUAUCAGUGGUCUUGUAUGUCUUCCAUUUCCUAAUAAUUGCUCCCAUAGUUGAUUUCUUCAAACCAAGCUGCUUACCUAUUGCAGAUUCAGUCUUCCCAGCCUGGUGCAGGUCUACAAUUUUGUUUCUGGUGUCCUUUGACAGCUCUUUGGUCUUGGCCAUAGUGGAGUUUGGAGUGUGACUGUUUGAGGUUGUGGACAGGUGUCUUUUAUACUGAUAACAAUUUCAAACAGGUGCCAUUAAUACAGGUAACGAGUGGAGGACAGAGGAGCCUCUUAAAGAAGAAGUUACAGGUCUGUGAGAGCCAGAAAUCUUGCUUGUUUGUAGGUGACCAAAUACUUAUUUUCCACCAUAAUUUGCAAAUAAAUUCAUUAAAAAUCCUACAAUGUGAUUUUCUGGAAUUGUUUUUCUCAAUUUGUCUGGCAUAGUUGACGUGUACCUAUGAUGAAAAUUACAGGCCUCUCUCAUCUUUUUAAGUGGGAGAACUUGCACAAUUGGUGGCUGACUAAAUACUUUUUUCCCCACUGUAUGUGUGUGGGCUUGAUUGACAACAGGGGAUACUUUGCACAGCAUGGGCGUCGCUACACCGCCGUUAUCCCGACUAAUGUGUAUUGUCCCUAUGACAAUUUCAACUUUGAAAAUGGUCACGUGCUGUCGGCACUCAUGCAUAAGACACACACUGCUAAAAGUAAGUAACACACACACUACUUGUAUGCAAACACACACACACACACACACACACACACGCACACACACACACACACACACACAAACAGAUACAAACACUUACUCCUUUCUACUCUCCUUCUAACAGAGGAGGGAACCCCUCUACAGGUGUGGGGCUCCGGAACACCCAGGAGACAAUUCAUCUACUCCCUGGUAUGUUUAGUGAAUUACUCUGUGUGUGUGUGUGUGUGUGUGUGUGUGUGUGUGUGUGUGUGUGUGUGUGUGUGUGUCAGAUAUGUGUGUGUGUAUGCAUUACAUCUGUGUGUGUGUUCUCUCAGGAUGUAGCACGUCUGUUCCUCUGGGUGCUGCGGGAGUAUGAUGAGAUUGACCCCAUCAUUCUCUCUGGUGAGUCCAACAUGGUGUGUGUGAUCAGUCAAUGUGUGUGUGUGUGUACAGUAUGUAACUGGACCAAGCUCUUUUGACACUUGUCUCUCACAGUGGGGGAGGAGGAGGAGCUCCCCAUCAAGGACGCCGUAGACAUGAUCGCAGAUGCCCUGGACUUCAAAGGUCAAAUAGUUGUAUCCUUCCACAGGCUGUGUACUCCUGAUAGGAGUUGCCCCUAGGCACAUAUCUAGGAUCAGCGUAUCUUCCCAAAAUCCUAACCAUUAUUCAAAUUUGACCUUAGAUCAGUGUCUAGAGCCAAUCUGUACAAUCCUUAGUACAACACCAGCAACCACAUCUAGAGGUUCAUUACACCUGUUGGACUGACAGACGUACAGUUGUAGUAGGUUAAAUGCCCACUCGGGCUGGCUACCCCCCAUAUCCAUUGUACUGUAACUAUGUAAUCUCCCUGUCCUUUGCCUAUUGUGACCCUUGACCUAUGACAUCAGUUUGACACCAGCAAGUCAGACGGUCAGAUAAAGAAGACGGCCAGCAACGCCAAGCUGCGACGCUAUCUCCCUGACUUCACCUUCACGCCGUUCUCUGAAGGUCAGAGGUCAAAACACAGAGGGAUGCAAUUUCUGUCCAGAAAACAUCUCAAUGUUGUAGUGGGAAUUAGUUGCCUUGUCAAUAACACAGACACAUUACCGCAUGAUAUUUGAUACCUAUCCAGUUAUCGGUAGUUUUAUGAUUAUGAUGAAAGGAACGUUCAUGGUAAUUAAACCACUCUUCCAAAAUGCACAGUAUCCAUAAAUGACUGACUGUGUCUCUCCUCCCCUACAGGUAUCAAGAAGACCUGUGAUUGGUUCGUGAACAACUACGACAUAGCCCGAACAUGA